UUUGCUGUUAUGUGCUGAAGAUGAUUGAAGUUCUUCUGUUUUUGAUGAUGAAGCCAGGAGUGGAGAGCACUGCUGUUGGAACUGUGACGUUUGAAAACCCAGACUACUGCGCUUUCACGGGAUCAUCGGUGCAGUUCAAAUGCUUUUACAACUACUCAGAUGAAGAAACAGUCAGGAAGACUUCAUGGUACAAGGGAGAGAUGAAAGAUGGCACCAUGCAGCGUGUCAGCCUUUCACUUAUUCCGUCGUAUCAAAACCGUUGGAUAUAUCGUGGCGAUUACCAGCACAACUGUAGCUUGGAGCUUCAUGACCUGCAGGACACUGACACUGGCUAUUACUUCUUCAGAUUUGACACAAACAAGUAUGGCUGGCGUAGUAAGGGAUCACUGUACCUGUCUGUUACAGAGCUACAGGCCACAGUUAGUCCCCAGAGAGUGCGAGUUGGAAACACUGUGACCCUUGAAUGUAAAACAACCUGCCAGCUUCCCAUAGUCUGGCUCAGAGAUGGACAUCGAGUGACGAAAUCACAGUUCCGAGCUCAGGCAGAGGAUGCUGGGAACUACUCAUGCUCUGCGGAAGGGCCCAACCCAAAGCAGUCCCACCCUGUGGCCCUGGAUGUCUGGUAUCCUCCCAUAAAUGUGUCUAUUGAGGUGAGCGGUGGGGACAUGCUGACAGAGGGCAGCAGUGUGAAUCUGACCUGCAACAGCGUUGCUAACCCCGCAGCAGACGGCUACACCUGGUACAGGACAGCUGCGUCCAGCACCAGCUCACUGCUCCAGGUGGGGUCAGGGCAGGUCCUCACAAUCUCCCCCAUGGAGGAGUCCCACAAUGGACUCUAUGUCUGCCAGGCAAAGAACCCAGUGGGACAAAACAAUUCAACUAUGGUGCUUGUGGCAGUGGGAGAAGAGGGAAUCAAUCGCUUCAUCGUUCUUGGGAUUAGAGUAUUAGGGAUAAUUGUGAUGCUGCUGCUUCCGUUGGCUGUUGUCUGUGCUUGGAGGAGAUCGCGUAGGUCUACGGCAGAGGAAGAGAGGGCCAGCAAUGAUUACGAAAACAUCACCGUCACUGAAUUCAAAUAACAUUUCCAAAUGUAUGACAUGGUUAGCAAAAGUGGACGAAAUAAAACAAGAAUUGUGAAUUUAAAAAAAAAACAGACAGUCUAUCUAAUGGAUGUCUGCUGCUUUCACAGUACGUCUUUCAUCUUAACUGAGCUUCAAGGCAGUUUGAAAAGCUGAAAUGCUCAGAGCACAUCAUUUUGUUUGGUCAAUUAAAAAAUUAUAAUUUAUUAUCCACAUUGAUUGUUUAAGGUGAAAGGAUAAGAGACACAACUAUGUUUUUUUCAUAACUAUGAUGUUGCUUUUAUUUUUAUAUUUUUUAAUGUGAUCAGUUGCUGGUUUGGAAGUACUAACCAUCAGUGGUGGGAGGGGUCCCUUUGUCUAACAGACUGUGAGGAGCCCUCAGUGUGGUUAGACCGAGAUAUGCUGCCUCCCAGAGUCUGAAAUGCGUGUGUACAAUUUGUCCUGCUAGAAAUGAAAAUUAUAUACUGUAUGUUUUUUAAGUUGUAAAUAUCAAUGACGCUCUUUUUUUGAUGGGUCAUCUAUACAACAUCAUGUUAGAAUUCUUAUUUGGUCAGAUUUAAAAGGUGAGGUCGAACUGACUAAUUUAAGUCCUGUAUUACUGUCAUUGCAUCAGAACGGUAAAAUAAUCAUGUAUGACACGUGUUUCUCUUAAUUUCCUUAAAUUUGCACCUCAAUGACAUGUAAUUACAUGGUUUUACAUGGUUUGCCGUGCAAUAAACAUUAAAUAGAUCAAAUUUUGACUAUUUUACGUCUUAAUUCAAUCUCAACUCAUUAGAAAAAUGGACAGAUAAUAGAACUUGUGCUAACUGUACACACAGAUGUAUCGCUUUAUACAUUACCAAUAACUUAAUUUAUCAGCAAUUACAAAUAAUUAUGUGUAUCCACUCCCAGUGAAAAACAAGUAAAAAAAGCAAAAGUCUAAGAAUAGUCCAAGGAGCUGAAGAAACUGAAAUUCAAGACUGUGCUGGUGUCACUGUCCUUCUGGUUUUUUAUCCUCCCCCACUCUUCCUCAACUUCUGGUAAGUAUCUGCUGGAAGCCAAAGUUUACUCAAAAACUCACAAACAUUGCCAAGAGUGAAAUGAUAACAGCUCCUAAUUGGAUCAUGGUGACCGUAUUUUCUGUCACCAUUACAAUGCUCCUCAUCACUAACAGGCUCUCAGUGCCUUUGGGUUGUCUAUUUUUGGACAUUGCUUACAGUUCUUGUAGGAAUCUUUUCAGACUAACAGUCGUUGUGGCCGCUCAUAUCCAACAAAAGACGGCAGAUAUCCUACAUUUAAAUUCACAUCUGUUUCCU